AUGUGCCUAAAUGCAUUGAAACUCAUUAUCAUUUGGAUUUGGGUAGGAUUUACUAAGACUAGAAUAUGCUUGAUGAAGCUAUAGGAAGCUACUAAAAAGCAAUUGAAUUAGACUCAAAGUAUAAUAAUGCUUACAUUCAAUUAGGUAACGCUUAUCUAAGAUAAAACUAUGUUUGACCUAGCACUUGAAACAUAUAAGAAAAUACUAGAAGUCAAUCCUGAAAAGCAAGUGGCCUAUAAUAAUAUAGGGUUAGUUUAUUUCGAUUAAAAUAUGAAUGAUGAAGCUCUUGAAUAAUUUAACAAAGCUUUAUAAAUUAAUCCGAAUAUGAAUAAUCACUUUAGAACUCUGAACUUGCUUACGAAAGAAAAAAUUAAACAGACAAAGCUCUUGAUUGUUACAAUAAAGUUCUUGAAAUCAACCCUACUGAAUCUAGAUCCCUUUCAAGAAAAAGGGCUCUAUAAAAAAAGACUUCAAAUACUAAAUGAAUAAAUUAAGCCAAAUGCAAAUUUGAAAAGGGAGAGAUUUUACAAUAUGAGAAAGAACUCCCUUCAUACUCUACCUAUUUAUUAAAGGAAUUAUUGA